GCGACCUAUACCAUGUUUGCGUAUUGCAUCCCUAAUUAAAUCUAGUUGUGCGACCUAUAAUGGCAUACGCCUUUGCCUUUAACUGCAAAUGAAAAAAGAAAACCAAAAAAAAUGAAUGACGUAUGACGUUUACAGUUUACUUGGAUUAUUUGCAAUAACUUCUUCAAUUUUGUGGAAUUUUAUAUCAAGUACUAUUUAGGUAUAUGUAUUAAUGUAAUAGUGAAUAAGUAGCACAUUAUUUAAAGUAAUCAUGCGUCUCCAUUUGUUUUGGGAGGUUUUACCUUUGUUACUAGUUUUAGUGCAAAUACCAGUUCAAGCAAAAAAACAGAAAUCAACUGUAAUUGCUGAUGUAAAUGAUAUUAAAGACUUUAAAAAGUUGUUGAGAACUAAAACAAAUGUUAUGGUUCUGUAUGUUAAUGCUCCAAAAUCAUCACAGCAAGUGUUAGAGGUGUUCAAAGAUACAGCAGACGCUAUGAAAGGUCAAGCGACCCUAGUCAUAAUAGACUGUAGUUAUGGUGAAUCGAAGAAACUUUGUAAGAAAUUGAAAAUACCUUCGGAUAAGUCUUAUUAUAUUAAACAUUAUAAGGAUGGAGAUUUUCACAAAGAUUACGAUAGGAGUGAAACAGUUAGCUCUAUGUCAAAUUUUCUACGGGACCCUACUGGUGAUUUGCCGUGGGAAGAAGACCCGGAAGCGACAGACAUAUUUCAUCUUCAAGAUGGAGAUGCUUUGACCAAGUUUUUAAAAAAAGGUGCUGCGGCUUAUAAAAAGUCCAUGAUCAUGUUUUAUGCUCCUUGGUGUGGUUAUUGUAAAACAUUAAAGCCUGAAUACUUGUUAGCUGCUACGGACUUAAAGGGAGAGGCAUUACUGGCAGCUAUAGAUGUGGCCAAGCCGGGGAAUUCUAAAAUAAGGCAAUUGUAUAAUAUUACCGGCUUCCCGACAUUGUUGUAUUACGAAAAAGGCCAAUUGCGAUUCCCGUAUAAUGGAGAAAAUAAGAGGCAGGCUAUUGUAGAUUUUAUACGAGAUCCUACUACGCAACUGCAACAAAAGAAAAAAGAAGUGGCCGAUGAGAGCUGGUCGGAAAAUAGUGACGUUAUACACUUAUCAGGGGAGAAUUUUGAUAGCAUACUGGGGAAGGCUGAAAACGCCUUGGUGGUGUUCUAUGCUCCCUGGUGUGGUCACUGCAAGAAGAUUAAACCUGAGUUUGAAAAGGCUGCCACAAGAGUAAAGACUGAGAAGAUAAACGGUAUACUAGCAGCAGUUGAUGCAACAAAGCACGCAGAUUUAGCCUCGCGUUUUGGUGUUAGAGGCUAUCCUACUUUGAAAUACUUUAGCAAGGGUGAAUACAAGUUUGACGCUGGCCAUGCCAGACAGGAAGAGCAGAUUAUUAGUUUUAUUAAGGACCCGCAAGAGCCGCCGCCCCCGCCGCCGCCGGAGAAGCCCUGGGCCGAGGAAGAGUCGCCCGUGCGCCACCUCCACGCCAAGACCUUCAAGAACACCCUGCGAAAGAUCAAGCACGGCCUCAUUAUGUUCUAUGCACCAUGGUGCGGCCACUGCAAGAGCACGAAGCCGGAGUUCGUGAAGGCAGCCGAGAAGUUCGCUGACGAGCUGAUGGUGAUAUUCGGGGCUGUAGACUGCACCACGGAGCAGACGCUGUGCGCUUCCCACGACGUGCGCGGCUAUCCCACCAUCAAGUACUUCCGAUACUUCGACAAGGAUGUCACGGACUACUCAGGAGGACGCAAGGAGGCGGAUUUCGUGUCAUUCAUCCACAGUCAGAUGGAGAACUUCCAGACGUUGCAGAAAGCGCCGAAGACCACGCAGGAGGCUGGCUUCGGGGUCAACGUGGUGCUCUCUUCAGACGAGGACUUCGAGUCUCUCAUAUCCUCGCCAUCACCCACCUUCGUCAUGUUUUAUGCGUCAUGGUGCGGCCACUGUGUGACUGCGAAGCCUGCGUUCAGUCGCCUAGCGACGACGUUCAAGAAUGAGAAGUCACCUGUCAAAGUCAUCGCUGUGGACGCCUCUGAGAACCCCAAAGUGGCCGACUUGGCCGGCAUCGAGACUCUCCCCACGUUCAAAAUCUUCGCCGAUGGAAAACACGUGGCAGACUACACCGGCGACCGAUCCACCGAAGACAUGAUCGCUUUCUGCAAGAGCCACGUCAAGGUCAAAGACGAAUUGUGAUCUUUAGCUCACUUUGUGUAUGCCACACUAUUAUUAUAUCAUACCAUUAACUACAUGUACCACAGUGUUAUUUUUGUUGUCGCAAUACUUAUUUAUAUAAUAAUGCAUAUUAUUGGAACAUAAUCAUGUAAUUCUAAUAAUCGUAUACGUAAUUUUAUUAUACAUCUUAAAUGCAUUUCAGUUGGUUUAGGUCUUGUUGAGUUUGCAGUUUGCCAUGUUUUGAAUCUCUAUUUUGCCUGAUCGUUCACUUUCAGUAUCAAGUAUUUCGUUAAGUAAUCAUACCUGCGAUGCAUUUACUAUUGUAAUUGUAUAGAAUGUAAUGUAAACUAUUAAUCAAUGAUUAGAACUUAUAAAUUAGAUGUAUCCUAUAGUUACUUUUAAUUCAAGAUAAUUAAUAUUAACAAACAUCUUAAUAAUCAUCCGAGGUGGGGCCUUCUAUAGAAGUAUGCUCUCAUAUCGUAUAGCAAAGCUUUUAGAUUACAGACUAGGCAGACACGAACGAUAUAAACGCGAAGGAUGUUUGUUAUCGUGGUUUCAUUUUAACUACUCCCUGCAAAUAUUAUCACCAUAUGUUUGCCUGCAAUUUUUUUAACUUUGUUAAUAUUUAUAAUCUCGAAUUAAAAUUGUGACUAAUAUUUAUUUUUGUAAAAUGGUUAAUUGUAAUGUAUUUCAUCAUAAGCAAUAUGUUUUGUAAUAUUUACAUACUUGUAGAGAAUCGUUUCCCAAACAACUUUUACGUAGUUUUGUUGAGAUUAUGUAUUUAUUUAUAUUGAUGUAGCUAAAUAUUUGGCAAUACUCACACCGGCGUUGUGACGUAAUGAUAACUUUUAUAGAUCUAUGAAUUCAUAUAUUUUUGUACAUGUGUUAUUUAUGAAUGUAACAAUAAUUUCUCUUCGUUAUAAGUACUUUAAUGUGCAAUUCGUAGUACUUCCUUUGAGACUUGCUCUUCCCAUAAAAUUACUAUUGAACUGAAUAGUGUAGUUGGUAGUACAGGCGACUGCACAUCAGACUACAUAAUACUUUGUUGAAAAAUUGCACUUAUUACAAGUAUACAGGGUGACAGGUAAAGCGAUACAUUCCUUGAAAGGGGUUAAAGUAGAGCUUAUUUGCAGUCAUUUAAGUCAUAUGACACCAUGUCCGAAACUUGUUCAUUUCCAAGUUAUUCAAGAUUUAAGUAUUUUUUAAAAAUCUCCAGUUUUUAUGUUAAAAUGUACCCUUGUAAUGAAGAAUACGGAAUAAUGUUAACUUUUUUGUUGUAUUCGUAUAGCUAAAUAAUAAGAUUGACAUUUUAAAUUAAAAUUUGCAAGAAAGAAUCGUCAUUACUCAAGUAAAAGCUAAAAAACCAUGUAUUAUUUUGUAAAAAAAAUAUGUUUUAGGUAAUUAAACGAAGAAUUUCCAAGAAAAAAUGUAUGGAAUGUUGUGUACAAAUUACAGAAUUUAGUUCCUUGAUUCAUUAGCUAUUCAAAAAGGUACAGGUGUUUAACAAACACUACAUAAUUCUUUUUUUAUUUGAAUUUAAACGUCUAGUAAGAUACUUUCAUAAAAAAAUAAAUAAAUAAAAUAGUCACACUAACAACUGUUCUUGGGUCUCAAUAAAUGAAAAACUUAGUAUUUUAAUAAUAAUUAUAUCACCUAAUUUUAUCUAGGUACAUUAUUUUAAGUCCUGCUCAAACUGUGAGCCCCGUCUUCGCUGAAUAUCUUGUGCGGCCCUCUGAAUGCGCUCAGCAGUUUGACAACAAGAGUCACAAAAACAAAAGUGAGAAACAGACUACGAGCUUGUAUUAGAAGACGGGGCUCACAGUUUGAGCAGGACUUAAAAUAAUGUACCUAGAUAAAAUUAGGUGAUAUAAUUAUUAUUAAAAUACUAAGUUUUUCAUUUAUUGAGACCCAAGAACAGUUGUUAGUGUGACUUUUUUAUUUAUUUAUUUUUUUAUGAAAGUAUCUUACUAGACGUUUAAAUUCAAAUAAAAAAAGAAUUAUGUAGUGUUUGUUAAACACCUGUACCUUUUUGAAUAGCUAAGGAAUCAAGGAACUAAAUUCUGUAAUUUGUACACAACAUUCCAUACAUUUUUUCUUGGAAAUUCUUCGUUUAAUUACCUAAAACAUAUUUUUUUUACAAAAUAAUACAUGGUUUUUUAGCUUUUACUUGAGUAAUGACGAUUCUUUCUUGCAAAUUUUAAUUUAAAAUGUCAAUCUUAUUAUUUAGCUAUACGAAUACAACAAAAAAGUUAACAUUAUUCCGUAUUCUUCAUUACAAGGGUACAUUUUAACAUAAAAAAUGGAGAUUUUUUAAAAAAUACUUAAAUCUUGAAUAACUUGGAAAUGAACAAGUUUCAGACAUGGUGUCAUAUGACUUAAAUGACUGCAAAUAAGCUCUACUUUAACCCCUUUCAAGGAAUGUAUCGCUUUACCUGUCACCCUGUAUUUAAGAUGCCAUAGUGUUGAGUUUAAGUGCCGUUGUCUGUACAUUAUUUUUCUUCGCAAUGAAAGUAACUCUUAACUUGAUGACCAGUUAAAAGUAUAGAAAAUCCUACGUCGGAAAUCGAGGCUUGAACCGACUUUGCUAGUGUCAAUUAACUAUAAAUAAUUAUAAUGGACUAAUGUCGGGAGGACAAAAAGUUAAAUCUAAUUAGAAAUCAUAAACAAUAAUAUUAAUAACCAGCCAAUUAAUAUAAUGGAAAAAAUGUAAAAGGAACGAUAAAUAACUUUGGCUCUACUCUUCGCUGCUGUUAUAAAGGUACAAAGAUCAUCAGAUUAUAAAUGUUUGUUGCAUUAUCGCACCUACGACAUAGAAGCCAGUGGUUAGCUUGGUGUGCUGUCGGGUGUAAGUACUAUAAAAGUGGGGUCAGAGCUUAUUUGUGUACUUUUUAUCACAAUUAAACAUUGGGUAUUUUAGUUAUAGUGGACUACCAAUAAAUUACAAUAAUUAGCAUUUAUAAUUCAGUGGAUAAGUAACACACUAAUCUCUCUCUGUCUCUCUUUGACAAGUGUAUUAAACCCUAACACCACGGUACGAUAUUUCCGAACGCGACGUUCAGUUUUUAUUAUAAAUAGUUUUUGAAUACCUACUACAUACAUUUAAGUAUAUAAUAAUAAACAAUAACAUGAAAUCAGUGUAUUAUGUAUCAGUGUCUAAUGAUAAAUUUGCCAAAAUAGUAUAUUUAUUAUCUUAUAUGUAUUUAUAAUAGUACAGUACACUACAGUAGUGCUUAUCAUAUUAAUUUAUCAGCAAUGUUAUCGUCCGAAAAUAAGUAGAAAUAAUAAUCAUGCAGGCAAUUUGUACUUACUUAUAGUCUUGUUUCCAGACCUAAUCGAGGUCGGGUUGAAACUGAAUGCGAUGGCCCUGGUGGAUGAAGAUACAUAAGUUUUUAUAUCAGGUGUAACCGAGAAGCAAGAAUAGUAAGUUAAACUGCUACAUUGAGUUUUUUAGGUGUUUUAGUGAUAGGACAGUUAUUAAAUUAUAUUCCAUUGCCACCUACUUGCAAUAACUAUUGAGUUUUCUAGUUGUUUUUGUGAUUAGGACAAUUAUUGUUAUAUGAUAUUCCUUUUAUCACCAUGCAAAUGGGCUUCCAAUACUUAGAAUUACAACCGAGGCUGAUAUAAUGAGGGGACCACUCUCGACAGUCAUAAGCGGUAGGCUGCUUCAAGUUUGAAGCAUAUAAAAGUUGAUUUACACGUAUUAAGUAGUUAAGUAUUUAACUAAGUUUUAACUUAAUUUUAAGUGAUGAAAUUGCAUCGUUACUAAAUUUUAACUUAAUUCCAAACGUCAAGCUCUUGUUUACUAUGAAACUGCUUGUCAAAACUUGUCAAGUGACAAGCCACGCCCACCAACUUGACAGAAAAAUUAAGUAAAAAUUUAGUUAUCUACUUAUCUACCUAACAGGUGUAAAUCGGCCUUAAGUGACGAUGGGCUCUUAUUCUAAAAGAUACUCGAAAUUAUGAUCAAGCAUAGAUUCAUGCCUGUCACGUGUUAUUAUAAUAUUCGGACCAACACAGAACACAGUUGAAGUGUCGUUUUAUAAUCCGUAAGGCCCGUGCCUAUGGGCUAUAUUUCACUGGGACACCAUGGCGGCGCAACCAGUCGCCGGCUACCAACAAAAUGUAUGCAGCUUUGCGCAACCAAACGGACACCAGGUGAGUAACUCUCUAUAGAGCUGUAUACAUUUUGUUGGUAGCCGCCAGUCGCCAUGGUGUCCCGGUGAAAUAAAGCCCUAAGACUUGGCGUUCAAGUGUAUGCGCAUUACAUAUUAGACUCGCGAGCAAAAGUAUGGAAUCACCAUACUAGACAACCUACAGAUUGCCGAUAGUUGGGUCAAUUUCCAAUUUGUAUGAAGAAUCGGCCGAUACAAAAUCUGGGUAAUGUUGCGCACCAUAGAGAUCAGUGGCGGCGUAGCAUGGGUUUUCACCCGGGGCGAUUCCCCCGUCCAUUAAAGUUGGCACCCCAGAAUGGUCUGGUGCCCCCCUGGUGAAGAUGAAAGAUGUUAGUACAAAAUGAUGAUUAUAGUUUUGCUCGUAAGCAUAGUAGAAAAAAUAGUUUUGUCAAUAAUUUAAGAGUGGUCCUCGAGUGUGGACUGUCAUACAUGCUAAAUCCCUCAAGCAGCCGAUUCUAUUGGUUUUGAAACUUACUUUCCUUGUUAUUUAAUUUUUUCGAGUAGUCAAAAGUUUGAAAAUACUUUUUUGAACUUUUACUGCCUAAAAAAACUUUCCAAUACGGUAAUAGAGGUUACAUGUUCCUCAGAAUUAUUUUUAAACUUUGGUAAUUAAAAUUUUUAUAAUAUUUUAACAUUUCAAGUUGUACUAAUGUAUGUUCCUUGGUGUAGUGUAAGCUGUUACUUACAUUGGAAAUGUUUCUGAUCUGUCUAAUAAAUUUAUUUUAAUUGAUAAAA